CAAGUUAUAUUGCGCAUGUUCAGGCUCACUGUGAAACUAACCAAUCGUUUGUGAGCAACAGCACAGUUAUAUUUGCAUAAAGCGGAUAUAAAAUGGCUGCUCUGUGCGCUGAACUUUAUUCGUUUGAGAAACUUAAACGUUUAAUCAUGCCUGAUCCAGUGAAAGCGCCCAAGAAGGGCUCUAAGAAAGCCGUCUCUAAGAGCGUGUCUAAGACCGGCAAGAAGAAGAGAAAGACCAGGAAGGAGAGCUACGCCAUCUACGUGUACAAGGUGUUGAAGCAGGUCCACCCUGACACCGGUAUCUCCUCCAAGGCCAUGAGCAUCAUGAACUCGUUCGUCAGCGACAUCUUUGAGCGGAUCGCCGGUGAGUCCUCUCGUCUUGCUCACUACAACAAGCGCUCCACUAUCACCUCCAGGGAGAUCCAGACCGCCGUCCGACUCCUGCUGCCCGGUGAGCUGGCCAAGCACGCCGUGUCUGAGGGAACCAAGGCCGUCACCAAGUACACCAGCUCCAAGUAAACUAUCAACUGUUUACUGGAAACACAAAGGUCCUUUUCAGGGCCACACACUUGCAACUAAGAGCUGUAUUCCUUAAAUGUCAAACGUUUCUAUUUUGAUAAUUUAAUUCACAAAGUUUAUAUUCUUUAAUGUUUUGUAUGUAACAGGUCUGGACAAUACUAGGAGUUUUGUAAUCUAUCCGAUACCAAAUAAAGUACAGGCGUAGUAUCGCUGGUACUUUUUCUUGAAAUGUCGUGAUCAAUGGGGAAAAACUAAUUUUCCAUUUAGUUAGACAUGCAAGUAUUUAGGCACAUCUUUUAAAAUUAUAAAAGUGAAAUAAUUCAAAGGUUUUAGGGGAAAACCGUAAUUGGUGCAAAAAUAAGAAAGUAACAUUAAAUGAGCGGGGAUGGGGAAGCUCCUAACCAACACUGACUUGGAGGGCAGCUGAGUUCUGAUGAGUAAUUUGCUCGACAAAAGUAUCGAGGCCAUCGCGCUAUUAUCGAUCCGAUACUGGCCAUGGUAUCGAUACUAUCGAUAUUUACAUCGAAAUUCCCACCAUUUAAUGAUAUUUGGUGAAAAUGUUUUGAUUUGUGAUCAUGUUUGUUGGGAAUAUAUAAAAUAAUGACAACGCUCCUGACAGAAAUAACAAACCCUAACAAGGGUUGUCACUCCAAAUCAAUGGUUUCACUACAUUUCAGAUGUAGUAAAUUAGGAUAUUGAUAAAACACAUCCUGUAAAUAAAUAGUUUACACAUUGUAAGUAAAUAUGACCGCAUAACCCCCAUCCUUUACUCAAUGCACUGAUUCCCUUUCCCACUCAAAUUAUAAA